AUGGUGUCCAAUGUGCCUUGUGGGCUAAUUAUUCUAUCUACAGGUGCAAGUGCUAGGCCCACCAAAAUCAGUGACAAGCUUGUCUUGGUGCCUUUGUUGUGUACCCUCAUUUCUCAAUCAUUUGUUAGGCAAAGGAGAACUUCAAGAAUUUUGCACCACUCAACUCUUGGUCCUACAAGGGAACCACCUACCACCUCAAUUUUGUUUCUAAAGAAUAUGGAGUACAUUGACUAA